AACCCAUCCCUCCAUCCUUGGCGCUAGGAUACGCUCGAUAACGAUAAGGCAUUUCUCCAGACUCCAGCUUCUUCUUUGUUGCUUGACCGCGACUCGCCUCUUCUCAGGCUCCUCUCUCCGCGCAUUACAGUUCGCAUAAGAUAUCUCAAGCCUCUCGGUCGCGGGCUUCUUUGUUUGUUUCUGUAUUUUUCCAUAUUCCCUUGUUCGCCCGCCAUCAUGUCUGAGCCCACUCCCAGCGUGGGUGCUCCAGACCACCCGACCAACAGCGCGCCAGCGUCGGCAUCAAGUUCAAAGCAGCCGUCGAGAGAGACUACGCCAGUGCCUGCUGGCGGCGAGAAACCGCCAGAUGAACAGGGAAAGCUCAGGCUUCUGUUGGGAAUCUUGAGGAAGUUCUUGGGCGUUGCCGACAUCUCAGCAGUGCGCUUUUCGCUCCCCGCUCAACUCAUGGAGCCUAUUCCUAAUCUAGAAUAUUGGAACUACAUGGACCGACCGGAGGCUUUUGCAAGCAUUGGCGAUUCGGAAGAUCCGCUAGGGAGAAUGCUGGGAUGUCUGCGGUUCUGGUUCACAAAAGACUUGAAAUACGUCAAGGGGAAGCCGUGUAAGCCGUACAACUCUACACUUGGAGAAUUCUUCAGGUGCAAUUGGGAGGUCGAGGACAAUCUUCCAGCUCUAAAGUACAAAGACGAAGCGCCAUCUGGAGGCCCCAGUGGCAAGACCGUAAAGGUUUCCUUUCUGACCGAACAAACAUCGCACCAUCCUCCCGUUUCCGCUUGGUGGGUUGAUUGUGAAGAGAAAGGCAUUAUUGCUAGGGGCUAUGACCAAUUAAGCGCCAAGUUUACUGGAACCAGCAUAAAGGUCAUACCAGGAAAUCACAAUGAGGGAAUUUUCAUCAAUCUUACGAAGCGGGACAAUGAGCAAUACAAACUCACACAUCCAGCUGCUUUCCUUGGUGGACUCAUUCGAGGAUCACUCAGCAUAUCAGUCGCUGAUACGUGUACCAUUACGUGCGCCAAAACCAAAAUAAAAACCAUAUUGACAUAUCUGGAAGAGGGGUGGCUGGGAAAGGCCCAAAAUAAAGUUGAGGGUGUGGUUUUCAAAUACGAUCCUGAGAACGACAACUGCACCAAAGUAAAGGACGUGCCCGAUAAAGACGUCCUUGCACGGAUAGAAGGCUGCUGGCAAGACAAGGUUUACUACUCCUUGGGGAGCCAGCCCUUCGCCAAAUCAAAGGAGAAGAUUCUUCUACUCGACGUAAACCCUCUUUUCCCCGCUCCGAAACUCCUCCCUCCCCAAGAAAAACAGCUCACCAAUGAAUCACGUCGCUUCUGGCAAGCGGUCACCGAUGCCAUUGUCUCAAAGCAAUUCUCCCAAGCCACAACGCUAAAGGUCGAAAUCGAGGAAAAGCAACGGGAGAAAGCGGCAGAGCGCAAGACUGCAAAUAUCGAGUGGACACCGAGAUUUUUUACAGGGGCUGUUACACCUGCCGGGAAGCCAGAGCUCACACCGGAGGGCGAGAAAGUCAUGAAGGGAUUACAUGAAGGCACAUACGAUUUGGAAGAAAGCACGAUGUUGGGCGCAUAAGUUUGGGGGACGAAUGCAUGCUAGACCAGCCGCCCUUUUCUUUUUGAAUAUAGACGCACUCGGGGGUUUGUCGAAACGACUACCCUCGGCAUAUUUUUUUGGCCGUGGAAAUUGUGCGACGUGUAGCUGGCGUUGAGGUCUUGUAUAUGGGUUCUGCAUGACUGAUUUAUAUAGGCUUCCGUAUUGGUAGAACAACUCCCGAACAGGCAUUCCUUGAUUGCCUGCAAGACGAUGACACAUUUGACCUCAAGAUUCUGGAAGAAUAGUGAAUCAGAACUCAGUGUCUU